UGAUUAAAACAGCUUAAGGCCUCCCCAGCUAUCGUGAGCAGGAGGCGGUUUCUCGUUUGUUGGGGCUUGAGUGUGUCUUCUCGGGGACUAAGGGUACUUGGGGGCGAAACAGAACUGGCCAUGGCAGCAGCGGAGGAGGAGGACGGGGGCCCCGAAGGGCCAAACCGCGAGCGGGGCGGGGCGGGCGCGACCUUCGAAUGUAAUAUAUGUCUGGAGACUGCUCGGGAAGCUGUGGUCAGUGUGUGUGGCCACCUGUUCUGUUGGCCCUGUCUUCAUCAGUGGCUGGAGACACGGCCUGAGCGGCAAGAGUGCCCAGUAUGUAAAGCUGGGAUCAGCAGAGAAAAGGUUGUCCCCCUUUAUGGGCGAGGGAGCCAGAAGUCCCAGGAUCCCAGAUUGAAAACUCCACCCCGCCCCCAGGGCCAGCGACCAGCUCCAGAGAGCAGAGGGGGAUUCCAGCCAUUUGGUGAUACUGGGGGUUUUCACUUCUCAUUUGGUGUUGGUGCUUUUCCCUUUGGAUUUUUCACCACUGUCUUCAAUACCCAUGAGCCAUUCCACCGGGGUACAGGUGUGGAUCUGGGACAGGGUCACCCAGCCUCCAGCUGGCAGGACUCCCUCUUCCUGUUUCUCGCCAUCUUCUUCUUUUUCUGGCUGCUCAGUAUUUGAGCUGUGUCUUCUUUCUGCCCACCUCUAGCCAGAGAAGAAUCAGUAUUGAGGGUCCCUGCUGACCUUUCCUUACUCCCGGACCCUCCCCCGACCCCAGCCCCUCCAUUUCUGCUGGCUAAGGCCAGCCAUGGCCACUCUCCAGGAGGGUGUGGGGAGGAAGAGUGACAUCUGUGCAUAGGAUGGGAGAAGCAUCUGCCCUGAACUGCUCACUCAGUAGAAUCAUACCUCCCAGCUCUGGGAGAAGAGCAUGGACUGAAGAGAAUGUCUGUUUCUCCUCUCUCCUCAUCCUUUGCUUUCCCCAGGUUUCUUGAUUUGAUGUUGAAAGGUGGGCAAGCCUCCUUCUGGCUCUCCCCGACUUUCCUCUCAUUAACUUAAUUUUUCUCUCCUCAGUUUCUAGUAUAGGUUAUGACUUUUAAGUGCUUCCUUCCCCUCACUACCUCCUUUGUUACAAAUUCAAUAAACAAGGUGAGAUGUGUUGAUGGGA